CUUGGUGUCCUGCUGUGCGCGUACCCGCCGCCCGCCACCGCCGUCAGCGCAGCUCCUCGGCCGCUCUGCCCUCCGGGUUCUGGCGCCGUCCCUCCCCUACUCUCCUGUAGCCGCCCGGACCGGGACUUGGGAGGCGGGCCAAGGCUGGGCGGGAGCUGCGGGACGAGCGCCUGAGGUGCCCUGGAGAAGCCAUGGAGCUCAGCGGCAAGAAGAAGCUUCACGCUCUGUCCCUGGCUGAGAAGAUCCAGGUGCUGGAACUCCUGGAUGAGUCCAAGAUGUCCCAGUCAGAGGUGGCCCGGCGCUUCCAGGUGUCCCAGCCGCAGAUCUCCCGCAUCUGCAAGAACAAGGAGAAGCUGCUGGCCGACUGGUGCAGUGGCACCGCCAACCGCGAGCGCAAGCGCAAGCGCGAGUCCAAGUACAGCGGCAUCGACGAGGCCCUGCUUUGCUGGUACCGCAUCGCCCGGGCCAAGGCGUGGGACGUGACGGGGCCCGUGCUGCUCCACAAAGCCAAGGAGCUGGCCGACAUCUUGGGCCAGGAUUUCGUGCCCAGCAUCGGCUGGCUGGUCCGCUGGAAACGCCGAAACAAUGUGGGCUUCGGGGCCCGCCAUGUACUAGCACCCCCGUUUCCCCCUGAGCCGCCUCCCCCGGGCCUCGCGUCCCAGACCAGCCAGCCGCCUCUCGCCCUGAAGGACUUCUCCCCGGAGGAUGUGUUUGGCUGUGCCGAAGUGCCCUUGCUGUAUCGAGCGGUGCCCGGCAGAGCAGGUGCGGGUGACCAGGUGCACGUGCUGCUGUGUGCCAACAGCAGGGGCACAGAGAAGCGGCGGGUACUGGUCAGCGGGCUCCAGGCUGCACCCAGGUGCUUCCUCGGGGUCAGCAGUGAGGCUCUGCCUGCCUCCUACCACCCCGACGUGGGCAUCCCCUGGUCAGAGUGGUUGGCGCAGUUUGACCGGGACAUGGGGAGGCAGGGCCGACGGGUCGCCUUGCUGCUGGCUGCCCAAGUGGUGGAGGAGUUGGCAGGCCUGCCCGGGCUCUGCCACGUGAGGCUCCUGCCUCUUUCCACCACCAGCACCACACCUUCUCUGCCCAGCUCUGUGAUCCGGGCCUUUAAAGCCCAUUACCGGCGCCGUCUGUUGGGCAAGCUGGCGGCUGUCCGGAGCAAGAGGGCCGGCACGUCGCUGGCCGAGGCCGGGGCAGGCAUCACAGUGCUGGACAUGCUGCACAUGGCGGCGGCCGCCUGGGCCAAGGUGCCUCCCCAGUUCAUCGUAAGCAGCUUCCUUCAGGAAGGGCUGGCUCCCUGCAAAGUGCCCCUGUCCUCGGACAGAGCCUCGGAGAUGCCGCCCGUCCCUGGUGGGCUGAGCUUGGAGGAAUUUUCCCGCUUUGUGGAUCUGGAGGGUGAGGAGCCCGCGUCUGGGGUGUGCAAAGAGGAGAUGGGCACUGAAGACGAGGUGGGGACUGGGGAGGAUGGCUGCGAGCCCCUGCCCACCAGAGCUGACGCCCUCCGGGCCCUGGGCACCCUGAGGAGGUGGUUCGAGUGCCAUGGUGCCUCCCCUGAGCUAUUUGAAAAAUUCUAUGCCUGUGAGGAGGAGGUUGAGCGGCUCUGCUGCCUGUGAAGGGCACCUGCUCCUCGCCAGAGCCCCCUCCUGUCCUGUUUCCCAUGGAAACGCCCUGUCACAGAAGGCAGGCGGGAGGCUGGUCUCUUUCCGGUGGCAAUGGGGCUUUUGUGAAAUGUGUAGAGGGGAGACAAGUCGGGAGAACAGGUCUGAGCCCUGAACAAGAGUUACCCGAGCCAGGGAAGAGCAUCUGAAGCGGAGCUAGGCUCCGUACUUUCUGGGCCUCCAGGGAGUCUGGGGCUUGCCUAGGUGAAAUUUGGGCUUCACAGACAGUUUGAUGCCUU